AUGGCCCUACCGCCGUCAGACCCCGCUUCCCACCCCGACUUUCCCAUUCACGGCUCCUGCGCCUGUUCACACAUCCCUUACACUGUGCAUGCUCCACCACUAAACGUUCAGUGCUGCCAUUGUAUUGAAUGCCAACGCGAGACCGGUUCCGCUUUCGCCACCAAUGCCCAAAUUGAAUCCGAGCUUUUGACUCAUGAUGGGCCGGAGCCUGAGAUUAUCAACACGCCUACCCCCUCCGGCGCCGGCCAACUCAUCGCUCGCUGUCCGGUCUGCAAGGUUGCCCUUUGGUCAAACUAUUUCCCCAGCGGGACCGGAAUGCGUUUUCUCAGAGUAGGGACACUGGAUGCUAGAGCACAGAAGAUUGUGGGCGGACCAAGAGCGCAUAUCUUUCUGGAAGAAAAGUCUCCAUGGAUUGAUGUGACGGGGUUUGGGGAAGGAGUAAAGCAGUAUCAGGGAUAUUAUGAUGAUAAGGCGGAAUUCUGGGGGGAGGAUGGGUUGAGGCGACUGAAGAUCUUCGAGGAGAAAGAGAAAAAGAAGCGGGAUGAUUAG